CAAGCACCUCCGGGCGGCGGCGCGCUCUCCUGUCAUGUCGGAGCCUGUGCCAGCGUUCUUCGACCGGCUAUGGGGGCCCUGGCUGGGGACUCGGAACCCGCCUGUGCGGGGGCUUGUCGUUGCCUCCCCUUCCAAGAGUUUUCUUGGAGGCUUUUUCGGUCCAAUUUGCGAGAUUGAUAUUGUCCUUAAUGAUGGAGAAACCAGAAAAAUGGCAGAAAUGAAAACUGAAGAUGGCAAAGUGGAAAAACACUAUCUCUUCUAUGAUGGAGAAUCUGUUUCAGGGAAGGUAAACCUAGCCUUUAAGCAACCUGGAAAGAGGCUAGAGCACCAAGGAAUUAGAAUUGAAUUUGUAGGUCAAAUUGAACUUUUCAAUGACAAGAGUAAUACUCAUGAAUUUGUAAACCUGGUGAAAGAACUAGCCCUACCUGGAGAACUGACUCAGAGCAGAAGUUAUGAUUUUGAAUUUAUGCAAGUUGAAAAGCCAUAUGAAUCUUACAUUGGUGCCAAUGUCCGCUUGAGGUAUUUUCUUAAAGUGACAAUAGUAAGAAGACUGACAGACUUGGUAAAAGAAUAUGAUCUUAUUGUUCACCAGCUUGCCACCUAUCCAGAUGGGCAGCACCUGUGGCACAGUGGGUAUCAUUUAAAGGAUGUGAUUGUUGGAAAAAUUUACUUUCUAUUAGUAAGAAUAAAAAUACAACAUAUGGAGUUACAACUGAUCAAAAAAGAGAUCACAGGAAUUGGACCCAGUACCACAACGGAAACAGAAACAAUUGCCAAAUAUGAAAUAAUGGAUGGUGCACCAGUAAAAGGUGAAUCAAUUCCAAUAAGACUAUUUUUAGCAGGGUAUGACCCAACUCCAACAAUGCGAGAUGUGAACAAAAAGUUUUCAGUAAGAUACUUUUUGAACUUAGUGCUUGUUGAUGAGGAAGACAGAAGGUACUUCAAGCAGCAGGAGAUCAUUUUAUGGAGAAAAGCUCCUGAAAAACUAAGGAAACAGAGAACAAACUUUCACCAGCGAUUUGAAUCUCCAGAAUCACAAGCAUCUGCUGAACAGCCUGAAAUGUGAACUGAAUAGGAGAAACAAAGAAAAACAAAAACCUCCUGUAACCGUUGAGAUUAAGUUCAGCAGGUUAAAGAUGGUUGCAGCACAUGGCGGGGGUGGGGAAAGGCCAAAACUCCAUAUAUAUUAGUCUUCCUUUAUGUUACAGUGCUGCAUUUAUUUUAUGAUACAACAAAAUGUUUUUCAUGUAUAUACAUUUUAAAAAGUGCUUUCUUUGAAACACUGGAACUUUCUUAAGCUGCCUUUUUUUUUUUUUACUGCACACUUUGAUUAUAAGCACUCAGAUAUGCAUCAGCAUAAAUAUUAAAGAUUUUCAUGUGAGUAGGCUGGUAUUUAUAAUUUUGCUUUUUUUCUGCACAAUGUUAAUUAGAAAUCCUUUUCUUCUCCCUUUUUAUGCUAAUGAUUAUCUCUUAUCCUCUACAUGCAAAAAUUUAAAUAUUUUAUGUUCAAAUGGAAUCAGAAUAUCUGAGUAACCCUUAACGUCCUGCAAAUAUUUAAAACAUGGGAUCUCAAUAUUUUGUUUUUACACAUGCUUAAAAAUGUAAUACAGAAUGUCUCACUGUGGGUGCUUCUGAGUACCAUUCCAUGGCUUCCUGAAUUUUACUCUUUCUGAAGCCUUCUGUGUCAUGAUAAUUAAAUUUUUCCAGGUGGGAGGGGAAAAAUAAAUAAGUAAAUUUUCCCCCAAAGGAUUAUGUGGCAUGCCAUUGUGUCUGCCUGUUUAUUUAUUUAUUUUUGCCAUAUUAAGUCGCUGUUUUGCUGCUACUUUACAGUAGUACCACUGUAUGUUUUCUGCAAUGGGGAGUUGACUUAUGUUGGCAUUUUGAAUUUGUUAAAAUUAUUUAAUUUUUCCAAAAAUACUUUGAAGCACACAUAUAUAUUUCAACUUAAGGAAUCUUUUUGCCAUGGGAAAGCAAAUAUUUUCUUAACUUCACAAAUGUAUUCUUUUCAGGAGAAAAUUUGGGGCCAGGGGACUCAGGAGAACCUGUAAAGCAUGUAGUUAUUAGAUUUGGACAACUUCAUGUUUAUGAAACUGAAACUUUGGCUAAUUCAAACUCACAUUUAAACUUCAUCCAGUCUUUUAAUUUUUUAAACACUAAAUCCGAGUCAUAUGUUUAAAAGUCUCUAAAAAAGGUUGCAGUCAUCUGUUUGUGUGCAUGGAGUCUGAUCUCAGAUACACUAAAUGUGGUGUAUAGGAAACAAAAUGAAGCCUGCUGUAUGGAAACUACUUUAACUUAUGGUUCAUUGGUUUUUGUACCAAUAUUUUUUAUACACUUCAGUACAAGUCUUGUCGGUUAAUCUUACUUUAUGAGUAAGCUAAAUAAUCCAAAUUACAUUUCUUUAAUCCUAUUUUACUACUAUGGCACUUUGAUAAAGUGGUCGGUAACCAACUUCUUUACUGGCAAAACUUCUAUGUACCAUGUGCUGGAGCAUCUACUUUAAUGUGGAUGUCUAUGAAUGGUAAUGUUUUCCUUCAUGUAAGUGCCUAUUCAGAGAUGCAAAAUUUUAAAAUGCCAAAUAUUUUCAUGGUCACUUGCAUGUAGUAAUCUAGAAAAUAUUCAAAGAGAUUUUGAAAACCAAGUGUAUUUAACCAGCCUCAAACUGUGCAACACGAUGUAUAAUAAAGAAUUUGAAACAGA